CAACAGUAACUUGGCGGGACUUGAUGGAAACCUUGACACCUUCAGGGAUGGUGAGUUCGUCAGACUUGUAGAUGUCUUUCAUGUCUGUAAGAUGAGUUAGAUGAAUGUGUCUUUGGAUGGAUGAAUCAUCUUAUUACCAAAUAGAUAUACAAAGGGCAGCUAAGAAGGAAGGAUCUUCUGUGCACUCGUCUACAAAUAAUUUAUUGUAAAAGAGCUGACGAGAAUGUCCGACUGUUCGGUCCGAAAAUACUUCAUCCGGAACUAGCUUUAUCUCAGGCACAAUUGGAUAUAUAUAUAUAGAAUCACAUUUUGUUAUCUGCAAUCCCUAUCUCAAGCAUGUCUCGAUAUAUACUUUGUUGUUAAUCUUGAAUACCUAUUUAUUUGAUCAUUCUGGUGUUGUUGUUUUUAUUUACUUUAAUAUGAAUCCCUCUUACAAUAUAGUUGUACCAUUUCAUUCGGGUAAACUUGACUAGAAAAUGUCAAAAAAUGAUACUUUGUUUUCAUCGCCGCCUGAACGUCAAGAAAAGAAUAAAUAUCUUGCGCCCUCUUCUCCUCCCCUCUUUUUUCCGCUUCUUUUCUCUUUCAAACAUAACAUGUCAGCCCUCCAUUUUAGUGUGGAUAGACUCUUUGGUAUCUAUUUGUUUGAUUAUUUUGAUAAGGCCUAUUCCUUGAUUGUUGGUCAAUCUGCCAAAGAUUUUGCUUUUGUGCAAGGUGUCACUCCUCUCUCGACUUUAAAUGAAGUCAUUAUCGGAUGUAUCACUUACUUUACUGUGAUCUUUGGUGGCCGCUAUUUGCUUACCAACGCGUCACCUGUCAAAUGCAAGUUGCUUUUCCAGAUCCACAAUGCAUUCUUGACGGUCAUUUCUUUUGUUCUUCUUGUACUAUUAAUCGAACAGCUACUUCCCAAGUUGAUUCAUCAUGGUUUGUAUUAUACGAUUUGUUCAGAAGAAGCUUGGACCCAGGAACUGGAAUUAUUGUAUUACCUUAAUUAUCUGGUCAAAUAUUAUGAGUUGAUUGAUACUGUUUUCUUGGUCGUCAAGAAAAAGAAGCUCGAGUUCUUGCACUAUUUCCAUCACAGUAUGACCAUGGCGUUAUGUUACACACAAUUGGUAGGCAGAACAACUGUGUCUUGGGUCCCUAUUGUUCUCAACUUGACAGUCCAUGUUCUCAUGUAUUAUUACUACUUCCGUACUGCUUCUGGAGCCAAGAUUUGGUGGAAACAAUACCUGACUACCAUGCAAAUCAUUCAAUUUGUGAUUGAUCUUGUGGUUAUUUAUUCCUGUACUUAUUCUUAUUAUGCUUAUACUUAUGCUUCAUUACCCAACUUUGGUGAUUGUGCAGGCACUGAAACUGCUGCUGCUUUCGGAUGUGCUAUCUUGACUUCCUAUCUCUUUUUAUUUAUCAAUUUCUAUAGAAUCACUUAUAACAACAAGAAGAAGGCUGCUUUAGCAAAGAAGGAGCCCAUCAAGAGCAAAAAAAUUUAAUGAUUAGACAAAUAAAAAAAAAAUAAAAAGACGUUAGAUGUUGUAUUUUACCGAACAGGUUAAA